AUGAGCCAGGCACUGCACCACAGCUGCGGAAAUGCUCACAUCUCUGCCGCCUACUCCCUCCUACUAAUUGCAAGCAUUGGGGCAGCAAGACAGCCCCUGCAAUUGUGCGAAGGUGAGGCAUUAUUAGCAACCAGUUCAUCAAACGAUGCAACCAGCUCAUCAGGUCUUGCAACUUGUACCACUCAAAGGGAAGAGGAGGCAGCUUUAAGACAUCACUUGAUGCUACAACGACCCAAUUACAAUCAGAAGGUCACACUCAAGUGCCCCAUUUGUCCAGGCGAAUCGACCAGUUCCUUCGUAUGGUACUUCCUGCCUCGUGGCACAUCGGCCAUAUUCACGAGUAUCAGCGGAUAUGUCUCGUUCAUUCAACCUGGUGGAAUGCCUCUAAGUCGAGAUCAAUUCUCUGGUGGUGCUAUUCCAUGCCUCAUCAACAGCACCAAUGAACUCUUCAUCCCCAACUUUAAUCGUGACCUCCACGUGGGAACUUAUUACUGUCGCAAUGUAGAGGACAGCCGCCAUAUAGCGAAUUGGAUUUGGUACCAUCUCGAUGUAGUACUCCCACCUGAGACAGAGGGUCUGACUGAGGUGAUUCAGUCGAUUCCAGUGAGCCUACAGGGUGUGCAUAAGGUGCCCCAUUUGAAAGAUAUGGAUGUCAUCAUGGAGAACGCGGGAGCAGCGUUAAAGGCUGCAGGGGAUUUCAAAGAUUAUUCCACUUCUCUAAUAUCCAUCACAUCACGACUGAUACCGACGGUGAAACCAAUGCAGACCUGUGGUACAUUCAAUCUCAAACGCUUUCGCAGAUGCUAUGUGACUAUUCCACGCGUUAUUGCAACGGAUGCCCGGAGUUCCGUGUCAUCGGAGAUGUUGCUGACCUACGAACUUCUGCGAACUACCUUUGCGUCCUUCUACACGUGGAUGGACGAGGAGGACCCAGUCACUCGACGCAAGCAGCGCGAAGCUGCGGAAAUGAGAGCCUCUGAACUGGGAUUCGAACUCUUCUACGAAGGCAAGAAAGACGUUGUGAGAAAGGAAGAAAUGAAGGUAGAGACGGAAGAGGACUUUUCGAAGAUGAUCAGGGAAGAGAAUAAACGCUACUACAUACCUUGUCAUUUUACCUACCUGGAACAUGUGAAUCUCACCAAAGAGCUGCCAAGACCGUUUGGAAUGAGGAAUCUGCACGUGAACCUCUCCUUUGAGGUACCCUGCCCUGAAAUUGAUUACAUGGACAUUGUCAAUUUGGUCCUGGCCACGAAGGAUACGCAAGCUAUGAAGAGGGAGCUAUUGGGAUAUGAGGAGAAGAGGUUCAUGAAACUGCAGAAGGUAGCUAUAGAGGGCUCAAUGAAUUUUGACCUGCUCUGUGGCACGGAGAUCGAUACCAUUACCUACAACUGUUCGGACCUCACAAAUUUUACUAUCCUUUGGAAACAGCCUAAAGGGAUGACAUACAUGCCACGCACAUUUCUCAACGAGCGCGUCUUCGUGACUUCCAAAUGCAGCCUACGAUUUGCACGGGUGCGACGCAUAGAUGAGGGCGUCUAUAGCUGCUACAAGCGCGACAUUCGGCUGCCAAACCAAUGGCAAUCUGAGGCCUUCGUCUCUUUUCGACUGAAAAUUGAGGAAUCUUCCAUUAAAUUUCCAGCAGUUGGAGACGUGUUCCUCGGUCUCCUCCUCCUCUCCAUUUGGGCAGCCCUACUUAUCUUCGUUUGGGUGAUUCUCUCUAUCUGGAGCCUCGAGGUCAACCGCACCGCUAUUGUGCAGGCUGGAGAACGCAUGCGUCCACACGGACUCGCAAGUCUCCGGCAUUAUGCCUCCUCUCUGCGACAUGGACUCCAGGCCAUGUUAGUAGUCUUCCAGACCUUUUGCGUGUUAGUGGAAGUCUCGGAGUACUACGCUGGCGGUGAUAAGCUGAUUUCUAAGACGUGUGUUUACAAGUUACUGCCCGUUUUGGACACUUACACAAUCUAUCCAAUACCUCUUAUGGUUGACGCCAACAUGGACUAUCGCAUUCAGACGGUGGGGUGCCUUAUCACUGGCGAACUUACUUGUGGUGCUCUCGUGGUUGUUCUUAACGAAGUCGAUCUAAUUCCUCUCGGAGAGUGUCAUGAAAAGUGGUCAGGGCGAAGCGUGGAAGAAAAGGAGUCGUUCAAAUUAGUGUUAGUCUGUGGUGUCCAUAGGCGCAAGGACCACUGA